GUAGGCGCUCUCUCUUUCUUAAACCGGAGCAUUUACGCACGGCAGCCAGUCGUUACCGGGCAGCUCUCGGUGCUCCUCCGUCUACUACACUCUGUUGGCUGAGAUCUCCUCCUUAAAGAGAGGAGGAGAUUAAAGGAGAAGAGAGAGGAGAGAAGAAUGAUGAAAGAGGGGAGGAGAGAGGAUCAUUCCGGCUGCCUGCAUCUGCUGCUGCUCUAGUGGAGGAGAGAGAGAGAGAGGGAGAGGGAGAGAGAGAGAGAGAGAGGAGAUGGCACAACGCUUGAGCAUCCUAAACACACGGGAGCGGUGCGCCACCGAGACGACCGGAGCUCCGGACCCACCCGAACCCGAACCCGAAGCCGAAGCAGCAUCACCGCUCUGCCGUCACGCCGCUCCGCCGCACGGCAGCGCCUCAGCCUCGGAUAGAGGCAUUAAUCAUCACUCCCUCCGUCUCUGCAUGUGAUUCCUCCGGGAGGAUUAGAAGGAGAGUACCUCGACUGCAUUUCCCUCAAUGAAGACCUUUGUUCCCCAACGUCCGGCGCAGCUCCCUUCUCCACCUGCCAUGGUGACAUGACACACCCCUGAGUGGCUUUGCUCUUUUCUCAGAGACAAUCUCUUGGGCCUUUCAAACCCCCCAAACUUGUGCUACACACUCUCUAGGCUCCAGCAAACUCAAAAAAAGGGCAUCUCUUCCUCCUCCUUCCAACUUCGCGAUGACGGUGGCCGUGCGAUUCCGCCGCCACUUACGUCGGCUCCUGCUCCUGCUGGCCUCCUGCUGUAUCCUCUCCCUCCUCCUCUCUGCUUACUUCCUGUUUACGAACUCCUCGCCUUCCAUGCAGCUCGGACAAUCCCCCGAACCCGCCUGCUCCCAGCCGCUCUCCCCGUACCAUCAGCUCCCGUACCCGUACCCCCCUAACCCUCCUCACACACACGUCCACACCGACCCCGUGGUGCUGGUGCUUGUGGAGUCCCAGUACUCACAGCUAGGUCAGGACAUUGUGGCUAUAUUGGAGUCAGCACACUUCCAGUUUCGCAUGGAGAUCGCCUCGGGGAAGGGCGAUCUCCCGCCGCUGACAGAGAAAGGCCGCGGACGAUAUUCACUCAUCAUUUAUGAAAACCUAUUAAAGUAUGCACAUGCGGACACAUGGAACAGACAGCUGUUGCAUCAAUACUGCACUGAGUACAGAGUGGGCAUCAUAGGCUUCUACCGCUCGACAGAGAACUCGCCACCUCUCCUCAAACUGCGAGGCCUCCCGGUGGUGCUCAGGACCAACCAGGCGCUUUGGGACUGCUGUGUGGUGUCCAGCUCACCUCUCCUCCACAUAACCAAGCCCGGCACUGAUCGAGGGGCUUUACCUGGGGAGGACUGGACCUCCUUCUCUUCCAAUCACUCCACCUACCAGGCCGUGCUGCAUGCACGGUCCAAGGAGGGAGCAGGAGCAGGGAGUGGCGAUAAUCCAGGGCCUGGCUUUGGUUCAGGCCUCCAUGCCACCGUGGUGCAGGACAUGGGACUCUACGACGGGGUGAGGAGGGUGCUAUUUGGCCAGGGACUGGGCUACUGGCUCCACAGACUCAUCCUGGUGGACGCCAUCUCCUACCUCACAGACAGGAAGCUUACUCUGGGUCUGGACCGGCACAUACUGGUGGAUAUAGACGACAUUUUCGUGGGGAAGGAAGGGACACGCAUGAACGCCAAGGAUGUGAAGGCUCUCCUCGAGACACAGAAACAGCUGCGUUCUCAGAUCUCCAACUUUACCUUCAACCUGGGUUUCUCUGGGAAGUUCUACCACACAGGCACGGUGGAGGAGGACGAGGGAGACGAUUUACUGUUGAAGUAUGUGGAUGAGUUCUGGUGGUUCCCCCACAUGUGGAGCCACAUGCAGCCUCACCUCUUCCACAACGAGUCCUCGCUGCUGGAGCAGAUGGUCCUCAACAAGGAGUUCGCUCUGGAGCACAGCAUCCCGGUGGACAUGGGCUACGCCGUGGCUCCUCACCACUCAGGCGUCUACCCGGUUCACCUGCAGCUGUACAAGGCUUGGAGACGCGUGUGGAACAUCCAGGUCACCAGCACUGAAGAGUACCCCCACCUCAAACCCGCACGCUACCGCAAGGGCUUCAUCAACAACAACAUCAUGGUGCUGCCCCGCCAGACAUGUGGCUUGUUUACUCACACCAUCUACUAUAAGGAAUACCCUGGUGGACCGAAGGAACUGGACAAAAGCAUCCGCGGGGGAGAGCUGUUUCUCACUGUGCUUCUCAACCCAAUCAGUAUAUUCAUGACCCACCUGUCUAACUACGGCAAUGAUCGACUGGGUCUCUACACAUUCGUCCACCUGGCCUCCUUCCUUCGCUCGUGGACGAACCUGAGACUCCACACACUCCCACCGCUGCAGCUCGCACACAAGUACUUCCAGCUCUUUCCCGAACAAAGGAACCCGCUCUGGCAGAACCCGUGUGAUGACAAACGGCACAAAGACAUCUGGUCUAAAGAGAAAACCUGUGACAGGUUACCCAAGUUCAUGGUCAUAGGCCCACAGAAAACAGGAACGACAGCACUUUAUCUCUUCCUGCUCAUGCAUCCCUCCAUUUCCAGCAACUUUCCCAGUCCAAAGACUUACGAGGAGGUCCAGUUCUUCAACACCAAUAACUACCACAAAGGAAUUGACUGGUACAUGGAGUUUUUCCCCGUGCCCUCUAACGUUAGCACGGACUUCCUGUUUGAGAAGAGCGCUAACUACUUCCCCUCAGAGGAGUCCCCGCGGCGAGCUGCUGCCCUGCUGCCCAAGGCCAAGAUCAUCACCCUGCUCAUCAACCCAUCUGACAGGGCCUACAGCUGGUAUCAGCAUCAAAGAGCUCACGAGGACCACGCAGCCCUGCGGUUCACCUUCUAUGAUGUCAUCAGUGCAAGACCGGGAGCGCCGGCUGAGCUCCGCUCCCUGCAGAGCCGCUGUCUCAUCCCCGGUCUCUACUCCUCACACCUAGAGAGAUGGCUCACUCACUACCCUGCUAACCAGGUGAUGAUCAUAGACGGCCAUCAGCUGAGGACUGACCCUGCGUCAGUGAUGGAUGAAGUCCAGAAGUUCCUGGGAGUCACUCCUCACUUCAACUACUCCCAGGCCCUUACGUUUGACCCUCAGAAGGGUUUCUGGUGCCAGCUCCUUGAGGGAGGAAAGACGAAAUGUUUGGGGAAGAGCAAAGGGAGAAAGUACCCUCCGAUGGAGCCGGAGGCACAUGCAUAUCUCUCCAGGUACUACAGGGAACACAACGUGGAGCUGUCGAAGCUGCUGCAUCGCCUCGGACAGCCGCUUCCCUCCUGGCUAAGAGAGGAGCUGCAGAAGGUUAGAUAACCUUUGCAUCAAUGAGCCAGGGUUAAAGGUCAAGGGGUCAAAGACCAGGAAGUGACCAGGAGCAGCUGAUCCUUCAGAUGCACUGUCUGUGGCCUUUUAGUGAACCCUGAGGUGAAGGCGAGGACGGGGUGCCUUGUUUCAACCUAUAGGAGCUGUGACCGCUGCUGCAGAAGUCACGAGAGCGCAAAAGAAAACUUUGGCGGGCUGAAACUGAACUCUUGAAAAGGAUGAACGGAGGAAUGAGAGUUUCAGGUGACUGACAGCUCUGAAGAAAGUGGGACUAAAAGGAAGAGCCACAUUAUGCAGAUGAAGAUGACUAUAUGGGAGACGAGGAGCAUUUGACAAACCUCUGAUGCUCAAACCCUGUUGUGAACUGUGGUGAACUCUCGUGCAGACCUGCAGUGACUUUGAUGGUUAUUAUUACUUUUUGUUUUAUUUUCACCUUUAAUUUAUGACGCCAGAGCAGCGCUGGUCAGCUGUGCGUGGUUCCCAUAGAGAUGACUUUGCACUAAGUUCUGUUCCAUGUAUCUCCAAGACAAAAAAAAAAAAAACGCACCCUAUGUGGUUUUGUUUUACUAUUUUUUUAGGUUUUUUUUGUCACAGCGAGAAUGAAUACGCAGGGAGGAUAAGUGCAUAGACUCAGGGUGAGUGACGGGCUGUUACUUUCCAUGAUAGGUUCUCAUUGUUUUGUGAGUUAAUAUUUUUUAAAAGUGAAGCUAGUUUCUGGUAGAUCUGGUAGCCUUGUUCACCCUUAGAGAUGUCACUUGAGGCCUUCACUGGAAAAGUAUGGCCUGGAAAUGAGUCACUGAAGCAAGACGCAUUGCCCGCUCAUUAUUUUCUUGUGCCGAGCCAUGCAGAAGAACGCCGUGUCCAUUAAGCGGAGCAUGAGCGCUGAUGAUUUCACCGCUAAGGGGACACGAGUUUGCGGGGAAGAAAAACUGACCAAAAUGAGCCUAAUGGAUAUGACACUUAAUUCCAAGAGUCUUUAAGUAGCUACUGUAACCGCAGGCAGUUUCUGUUUUGUCAGUGUCUCAUUUAAGUCUCAACCUCCUUUUUUCUUUCCUUUUUAAAACCAGUGGCCUACGUCGUUGAGCUUCAAUUUGAAUGCAAAAAAAACCCUAAAUGUCAAACACAGAAACCAAAAUUAAAGAAAUGGAUAUUACUUGGAGCAUAAGAUGUUUUUUUUUUAACGACCAAUUAACACACAUGAACCAUAUUGUGCAAGGACACAUCUGCACACACACGUACACACACGUGUGAAGUCACAUAAUGUUUGUCCUAAAGGGUUGACAGUAGACUCUUUGUCCUCUAAGGUGAGUGAAAAUGACAUGGAGAUGACAGUUGACGUCAGUCACCAUUAACUAACCUAAAAUACAAUAUUAUUCACUGCAAACAAUGACGUUCUUUUACUAUCCCUGUUUUCAUCACCAUGUCAGACUGCAAAAUAUAGACGAUGCUGUUACACAAACAUUGACAUGACGAUGAAAAAUGAAAAAAGAAAGGAAGUCAACGUGGACAGAGAGCAAAAUAGCAGACAUUCGCACCGUUUGUCAUCAAUGUCAUUGAUGUCGUCACACGGCCCAAUUUAGACUGCAGUUAUUUACCCGUGUAGAAAGGGAAGAUAUCACAUGCUUUAUCUUGUGAGAGUCACACCGUGUCACUACUUGUCACACGUGCUGCAUUACCAUAACGCGUAUACACGCUUAUUCAGAGAAAGUAAUACAUAGAAUAUAUCUACCAACACAUUGUGGUAAUGUUAAAGGAUAGGUUUACAAUUUUUCAAGUCUGUCUUGAAUCCAUUCAGCUCAACAGGGACAUUUUGUUCAAUAAAGUCUGUAACUUUGGAAGAUAUCCACUUUACUUGACCAAGUGUCCACAUGGGCUUUUUUGGACGUGAGGAAUCGCCUCGCUUCCCAGGAUUGGACGCUAGAUGGGCUGCCACGAGGCACCUGAUUGGACGAACGCUUUCACUCGUGGGCUGUUGCAACAUGGCGGCUCAUUUGGAAACUUUUGUGAACCUAUCCUUCAAGGCACAUACAACAUGGUAAUCUCAUAUCAGUCAGUGUUAGAGGGUGUGGGUAAGUGUGUUGAUAUACUGCAGGGAGGGUUGCCAGGUGAGAUUGUAUUUGUCGAUCUUAUGUUGAGCUAUUUUUUUUUUUAUAUCUCUGAUCAUAAAAUGUAGAACUUUCGCAAUAAACCUUGAAUGUGA